GCCGACACUCAACAGCGAGCCGUCGCGACGUAUACUUCCCUCGUAAGACGUAUACCGUAUACACUGUUUAUCCAUUUCGAAGUACCCACAUACUCUAAUACCAUGAAGGCUCUGAUAAUCCUGCUGGCUUUGGUCUCGUUCACCGCCGCCAUGGUGCCCCGACAUCGGAGGGCGAUAAACGUAGAAGAAGAAAAUACUAUGAAAAUCUGCGCGCCCAGCACUCCUUGUGCUUGGUCCAUUUACCAACCCGGCAACAAACACGUUGAAUCUUCUCAAAUACUCCUCUUAACAAAUACAUAUUGCAAUUGUGACGUUGGCGAAUCGUGCCAAAUGAGUGAAGACAGUGCGACAGCGAAUGCGUUUGUUCAUCGUUGCAAAAGGCAAGGUGCGCCGGAUAGCUAGCGCGCCACUGCGGCACCCACGCGGCACCCCAGUGCGCAGUGGUAUCUACGAGUCUGACGCCGCUAUUUAUCAAUAACAAAACGUUGUUCCAUCUGGCAAUAACGGUGUUCACUGUUCACCUUCUUCACCUACCUGUGCCGAACUGCCGAGCGGUUAUUUCCACCAAUUUUUACAAUAAUACUAUUAAAAUGAAUUUAUUCUGACUUAAUAAUGUAAGACCGUUUUUUUAAUGAUUGAUUUAAUCAUAAAUCAGAAUAUGUAAGAUAUUUUUGCAUUUUAAAGAACCUUAUUAGGAUCAAAUAAUUUAAUACAUAAUAAUAAUAUCUACAUUUGAUUAUUUUGAUUUUUGAUCAUUAAUCUUCUAUACGGACAUAGGUAUAUUAUUAGGUAUUCGUUUUAUUCCGCCUUGAACAUUGAUUAGGAUUUUUUUUUAUCUAAUCUUCUAUCUAAAAACAUUAUGUUUUCAAUGAGUGACAUACCUACUUGUUACUCAUAGCGUGCUUCUCGUAUGUUACAUACACAAUACAGGUACCCACACUUCUUAGACAACACAAUCAUAAUACACACUCACAGCACAGUAUUACAAUAUUAGUGCUCACAGUUUCUGUUAUUUUUCACCAGAAAAGUCAGCAUUCCAAAAAGUGAAGGCAAUUGGUGCAGUAUGUUAAAAGCGAAAUACGUAGCUAUGUGUCGUUUUCUAGGGUUUGUUAAAAUCCGUUAAAAAGUCUUUAAUUUCUAGAUGUGUCGUUAUUUAUAACAAAUGAAUUUGAUAAAAUUAAAACAUAAUAAUUUACACAACUAAAUAAAGAUCGCUAAUGACCGAUCUUU